AUAUCUACGUAAAUUUUGACAUUUUGAGGUUAAACUUCAAAAGUUUGCUAAAUUCACUCUUAUCUCAGUUGAGUGAGUUGGUGGAAAUUGAGCAAAGGUCAUGCCAUGUUGUAUAACAGAUUAUCUAUGAUAUCGUUAUAAAUUAUUUAAAUUUUUUAUCAUAUAAUUUAGAAGCCUUUUCUCCACCCCAAGAGGGUCCGAGCAUCGUUGAAACAAUGGCACCCUUAGCAGCAAAAGUUAUCCCAAAAGCAAAUGAAGUGGAAGAAGGAAUAAGAGCUGUAUUGCUGGGUCCACCAGGCUCUGGUAAAGGAACCCAGGCUCCAUUACUUAAGGAAAGAUACUGUGUCUGUCAUCUCUCUACUGGAGAUAUGCUUAGAGCUGAAGUACAAUCUGGAUCAUCAUUGGGAAAGAAAAUCCAGCAAGUAAUAGAUGAAGGCAAACUAGUUAAUGAUGACCUUGUUGUGAACAUGAUUGAUAAGAACUUGGAUAAGCCAGAGUGUCAAAAUGGUUUCCUCCUUGAUGGUUUUCCAAGAACUGUAGUACAAGCUGAGAAGUUGGACGACUUGCUUGAAAAGCGCAACACUCAACUUGAUGCAGUAAUUGAAUUCAGGAUUGAUGACAAUCUUCUCUUCAGAAGAAUUACUGGUCGUCUGAUUCACUCUGCAAGUGGAAGAUCAUAUCAUGAAGAGUUCAAACCUCCUAAGAUUCCAAUGACUGAUGAUGUUACAGGUGAACCAUUAAUCAGAAGAUCUGAUGACAACAUUGAGGCUCUUAAAAAGCGUUUAGCCACUUAUCACACCCAAACCAAACCUCUUGUUGAUUACUACCAAAUAAGACAUAUUCAUCAUCAUGUAAAUGCAGCACAGGCAGCCGAUGCCAUAUUCGCUAACAUCGACUCCAUUUUCCAAGGCAAAAGAGCUCAUAAACUGUAAAAAUUCAGUUAUGUUCUGUUCCUUUUCAUGCAUUUUAUACAGGUCCAGUUAGGUUUUGUCUAUAUUUUUGUAAUUCUUUGUAAAUUUUGGUAAAUAAUUUAUUUUUCUAAUCAUCUGUAAAUUUUAGCCACAAUUUUACCAAAAAAAAAAUGAUUUUAUUAACGUUUCGAAGCCCAAAUCGGGUUUCGUUGUCAAAAUACAAAUGUGGCUUAUUUCCCAUUGAAAAUUGUGGAUUAUAAAAAUACAAGGAAAUAAAGCUUCAGAACAACAUUUGGUAAAUAAGUUAUACAUAUUUCUAAUCUAUAGAUAUAUUUGAAAAUGGAUGCCUCAUUAUUGAAAUGUUAUUAGAAUUUAAAUAAAAUCAGAUCAUUUAAAAAGGUU